AUGAAUGGACCAGUUGUCGAGGUGAAUCAUGAUAACAAAGAUGAUGAAGACACUACAAUCACAUCUGAUGGCGAACACAUUAUGGCCUACUAUCGACCGAACAAACUGAAACUGAAUCACCAUAAAGAUUGUGAUGUAAGUGAAGUCACACAUGAUGAGGAAUAUUCGUCCGGUCAACCUGGCGACCAAGAUCCCUUUGCGAAUAUGAGGGGGGAAGCUCCCAGCAUUCUUGAGCCAAUCGAUAAUGAAGCACCAAGUACUGUUGGUGGGCUUUCAACACAGAAACAAAAACCCGAACUCGUUUCUCAAGCAAGUGAAAGCCUCGUAGGACCAGAUCACAAGCUUGGACCGCGCCAACGAGGAGGCAGAAUCAAGCAUUUCUUCUACUUGGCCCGCAAUCCUUCCCGUUUCUUUUCUCGGGCUCGUCAUCGUCGACUACAACACCGGAGUGAAGAACCAUCGAAAUUUGAUCAAGAGCAAAAAAUUCUCCACCAUGAGCUCAAACAAUUAUUGAAAGACAAGAAUUUGAUGGACCCAGAGGUGGCUAAGAUCCAUAACAAGAUUGCAAAUAACAAAUUUGAUCAAGAACGAAGCCGUCUUUGGAAUGAACUCGAUCUAGAAUUGCAAGAAAAGGGUUUGAUGAACCAAGAUGUGGCUUUAAAAUACAACGAUAUUGCAAUGCACCUUCUUCAUGAAGAAGGAAGCUUUGACGAAGCCAUGGAACUUUUUCAACACAGGCUGGAAAUUGAGAAGAAAGUCUUUCAAUCUGAUGAUCAUCAGCAAAUGGCAACAACAUAUCAUAAUAUUGGAUGUGUCUUAAAACAUCAAGGCAAGUAUGAUGCCGCAAUGGAACAAUACCAAAGGGCGCUUGAGAUCCAAUUGAAGACACUUGGAACGCAGCACUCCUCAACUGCAACAACAUAUCAUAAUAUUGGAGGUGUCUUGGAAGCUCAAGGCAAGUAUGAUGCCGCAAUGGAACAAUACCAAAGGGCGCUUGAGAUAAAAUUGAAGACACUUGGAACGCAGCACUCCUCAACUGCAGCAACAUAUCAUAAUAUUGGAUCUGUCUUGAAAGCUCAAGGCAAGUACGAAGCCGCAAUGGAACAAUACCAAAGGGCGCUUGAGAUAAAAUUGAAGACACUUGGACCGGAACACUCCUCAACUGCAGCAACAUAUCAUAAUAUUGGAUCCGUCUUGGUAGCUCAAGGCAAGUACGAUGCCGCAAUGGAACAAUACCAAAGGGCGCUUGAGAUCCAAUUGAAGGCACUUGGACCGGACCAUUCCGAGACGGCAGUAACGUACUACUGCAUUGGUAACGUUCUGGAAUAUCAAGGAAAAUACGAGGACGCAAUGGAACAAUAUGAAAAGACACUUGCAAUUGAUUUGAAGGCCUCUGGGCCCAGCCACACCAACACUGGUCUAACAUUGCAAAAGAUUGGAGACGUUCUUCAGCAUCAAGAGAAACAUGACGAAGCAAGGGAACAAUUCCAACAAGCUCUUGCUAUUUUGCACAAUACCCUUGGAAAAAAUCAUUGGAGAGUUGCCAUGCUCUACAAUUCCAUGGCCAAAGACUUGGCGCAGAGAGGCGAGCAAGACUCCGCUAUGGAUCUUUUGAACAAGGCGGUCGAGAUUAUGUCGAAGAAUGCGGUUUUGUUUUGA